UUUUCUCUUUAGGCCCCCCACGUUUCUUUUAUACCCCCCUUACUUACGUUUUUGCCCCUGCACGGUGUUUCGGGUUAUACGAAUCGAACUUUAAAAAAAUUCGGUUAAUAGAAAUCGAUCGCGUUUAACUUCGAGUUUUGUCAACCGAAGUUAACUGAUAUAGAAACAGAAGCAUUUCAUAACCUCUCAGUUACGUUUUUUCUUCUAAACACCAACAACACCACUCCUUCUUCUUCUUGAGAGCGAUUUUGUGGAAAACUUCAACAUCCUAUCUCAAACCAUUCUUAAUCAAGAUAAAUAUGGAAGAAAAUGUUGGGAGAGGUAGACAUGGCAAGCCAAGCAAUGCAAAUGCUUCCGCUCGUAGAGAGCUUGCUGCAAAUCGCCCUGCCAAACGAGGUCGUAGUAAGCAGCAAGGACCAAUUCCCGCGCGAGGGACACAUGAUGCUGAGGCGGGUGGUUCGCGUACGCGUACACGGUCACGUUUAGGCCAAGCACAAAAUGCUGCUGAGGAUGAUGAUUUUGACGCGGAUCAAUUUCUAAAUCAGGAUGCCGAGUAUGGCGAACCUGAAGAACCGCAACCUGAUGAACCGCAACCUGAUGAACCGCAAAUUGAAGAACCGCAACAACCACCACGACGGAGACCGCAACAGCGACCACGGCAACCACGACGAGAUGCAGCAAAUGAGGGUUAUGGAGGAGGACCAAGUGAUAUGUCAUUAUUAACACAAUACGGAAAUCAUAGGGCGGUUCCGAUAUGGGAUGCAGAACCAGAUGAUCACGAGGUUUUAAAGAGGACUCUGCGUUGCCAAGCUAGCGGGAAAAAGGUUAUGGACAUCGUCAAACCGCCUCGUAGUGAGAGGUGGUUUUGGGAUCCAAUAGAAGCAUCGGGAUUGGAGCCGCUUACCCGUGUCAAUUUUAGCGUACUUGACUAUGGGGUUAUAUGGGCAUUUGUUGAAAGAUGGCAUCCGGAAACAAGUACUUUCCACCUUCCGUUAGGUGAGCUCGGCAUCACAUUGGACGAUGUACAAUGUCUGUUACAUCUUCCAAUCCAAGGAAAGUUUUUGAACCAUACGAAGAUGUCAAGGGGAGAAGGGGCUGACAUGGUUAGUUCAUAUCUAGGAGUUGAGCGAGAGGAUAUUGAUAAAGCAUUUGCCGAAACCAACGGGGUACAUUUGAAGCAUACUACCCUGCAAACUCUAUACACAACAAACCAGACGUCUGCUGAAAGAGCGAUUGCUGAAAAUAAGCCGGCGCAUGUUGUUAGGCUUUACAGGGAGAGGAGCGUAAGGGCUUUUAUGCUACAUUUGGUCUGUUGUACAAUAUUCAGCAACAAGAGCAGUUACUACGCGGAUGUUGUGUAUUUGCAGUACUUUCAAGAUUUGUCAUGCGUUCAUGAAUGGAAUUGGGGUGCUGCUGCUCUUGUUCAUCUGCAGCAUUAUUUGGAUCACGGAUCUGCGGUUAGCACGACUCAGAUGGCUGGCUACAUGUCAUUUCUUCAGGGAUGGAUUAUUGCGCACUUUCCGAGACUUAGUGUGUGGGUGGAGGCUCCUAGAUAUACAGCGAACAUGCCACUAAAUUCAAAGGUUGUUCCUGGGCAAGGACAUAAGGAUGCAGCUGGAUAUAGAAGCAGUUUGGACAAUAUUCAAACUUACGAUUGCGUGUUCAGCCCGUAUGAUGCCCACCGACAAGUGCGACCUUUGAUAAAUGCAUGUUGGUUUUCUGGAUGGUUAAGGUGUGGUAAAUUGAAAGCCAAGCAUUUGCCGGAACGUGUGCUAAGACAAUUUCAACAUGUGCAAGGCAUUCCAAGAAACCCGAGUAUGUCUGCAACGCCGGGGAUGAACUUGUGUGAGAUAGAUCGUGUGUUUACGGAAGAAUUGGAGCUGAGAAUGAUAGAUGAAGAGAUGAGGGGUCGGCCUGUUACAAGCCCGUGGGACACUGAACCCGGAUAUAUGUCAUGGUUUUAUAGAGUGUCGCAUCCAGUUAUGCGACCCGUAGAAGCUCCUGAAUCACCACCAAGGCCACCUAAUUUAGAGGUGUUAAUAGAGGCGGCGGAAGCAAGAAAUGACCCUAAUCUAAUGCAAGUUUGCCGGAGUGUCAAGGUUGAGGUCGAAAGGGCAGUUCGCGAUGGUGAGGCGGUUGAAGGAACUCCAAUUCAUGGUACUUUGCAGCGGAUUCUGAAUUUGCUUAAUCCGAUACUUGCUUAUAGGCGAAUUAAGCGGGGGAAGGGGACACGCUACCACACUCGGGGGUAGACUUUGUUUGUUUUUGUAACUUUAAUGUUGACGUGGUUGUUUAUAAACUCUGAUGUUUGUUUUUAUUUUUGAUGUAACUUUGAUUAUGACAAUCGGAUGUAGUACACUACGUAUUUUAGUAUCGUUUAAUUCGUAA